AACAAUCAAUCCAUCAAUGGAGUUUGAUCUCGAAAAUCCCCUCCCAUUUUCAACUGACAUUUUCCCUUCACUAUUCAACACAGAGAUUCAUCACAUGCCUUCCAAAUCCAUCCUCUCCGGCCACAAUCUCCCCCUCCGCCGCGAAAUCGCCGCCGCAAUCCUCCACAUCUCGCGCGAUUCCGAUCCUUCCCUCUCCUACCUCGCCGUCAAUUACAUGGAUCGCUUCCUCUCCGCUCACUCCAUACCGAAUGGGAAGCCGUGGAUCUUCAGAUUAGUAGCGGUUUCCUGCGUUUCAUUAGCGCUGAAAAUGAGGCAGACGGAGCUCUCCGUCGCCGAUCUCGCGGUGAUUUUCCGAUUAAUCGGUUUUCAAUCCAUCAGCAUUUUCGAAUUUUUGAAUUUCACCGAUGAAUUGCAGGAUAACGAUGGAGGUUUGAUCUUCAAUUCCGCGACGAUCGAGCGGAUGGAGAUGCUGAUCCUCGGCGCUCUGAAAUGGCGGAUGCGCUCCGUUAAUCCUUUCGCCUUCCUCGAUUACUUCCUCUCGCUCUUCGAUUCCGGCGACGACGAGCGAUCGAUUCAGGCGUUGAAGAACAGAGGAGCUCAGAUCAUCUUCAAAUCGCAGCACGAUAUCAAAUUGCUCGAGUUCAAGCCGUCUAUCGUCUCGGCGUCGGCUCUGCUCGUGGCGUCAAACGAGUUUUCCCCGGCGCAGUUUCAACCGUUCAGAGAAGCUAUCUGCAGCUGCAGCUAUGUGAUUAAGGAGGAAUUGCUGCAUUGCUACGAUGUGAUGGCAGCGGCGUCGGGGCUGUUGACGCCAGCGAAUGUGCUGGAUUUCAGCUGCUCGUUUUCAAGCAGUCAAAUUGAGAAUUCCGCCAUUAAUGAUUCGCCUCAGCUUUCUCAGAACAAUCAGUGACUAGUGAAUGUGUAUAUAUAUAUAUGAUGAGAGAGGGACGUUUAUCUUUGGCCACCAUAAAGUUGGAAAGGGCAAGGGUAUUUUCGUCUUUUCACAUCCCGGUUCGGUUUGGUUUCGAUUGUAACGAUGUGUUUUUUUCUAGUUGAGCCUUUUUUUCGUGAGCCGGCUUAUGGAUUAGUGGGUGCUGUGCAUGGUUAGUAUUUAUCGCGUAUUUCGAUUUUUGUACGUACGACUCAGGCUGGUGCUGUGCGAAGUAGUAUUUAUCGCGUAUUUCGAUUUUUGUACGUACGACUCGGGUGAUGGGGAGGGAGCU